UAUGGUUGAGGUAAAUGUUCAAGAGGGCUGUUUUGCUCCCAGCCAAUGUUCUUCUAAUCCUUGUCCACGCAAUAGUAAAUGCUUGGAAGUGUGGGGAAAUUAUUCCUGUGAAUGCGAUGCAGGUUACAUCGGUAAACAGUGCCUUCCGGUUUGUAGUAUUAACCCAUGUAGUGAAUCAUCCAUAUGUGAAACCGAGGAUCUUAGUUCUGAUGUUCAGUCAAGCAAGAGAGCUUAUUUCUGCAAAUGUGAUUCGCAACACACAGGAACUUAUUGUGAUAUACUUCUCGACCUUCCCUGCCCAUCAAACUGGUGGGGUUAUCCUAUAUGUGGACCAUGUCAUUGCGAUGUAAAUAAAGGCUAUAGCGCUGAUUGCAAUAAAACUACUGGUGAAUGCUCUUGUGAGGUUAAUCACUUCCAACCUCCUCAUAGUUCAUCGUGUUAUAGUUGUGACUGCUAUUCUGUUGGGUCUUAUGGAAGCAGCUGUGACCCUGUUACUGGUCAGUGUAAUUGCCGUCCUGGUGUAAUUGGCCGCCGAUGUGAUUCCUGCUCAAAUCCGUUAGCCGAAGUUACUCUCCGUGGAUGUGAAGUGGUUUAUGACAGUUGUCCUCAGUCUUUUAGUAGAGGAAUUUGGUGGCCUAGAACACUUUUUGACCAUCAUUCAGAGCAGGAUUGUCCUGAAGGCUCUUUUGGCAAAGCAAACCGUUUUUGUAGCGAGCAAAAUGGAUGGGGAAACCCAGAUUUAUUUGAAUGUACAAGUGAAGCCUUUCUUGGAUUAGCUGAACAGCUUAGGAAUCUUCAAAAAGGUCUGGUUCAUCUAAAUACGUCGUUAGUUGUCAGUCUAGCAUCUGAGCUCUAUCUUUCGGUGAAUAAAACGUUUCCUUUAUAUGGAAAUGAUAUUUUGAUUUUUAGUCUGCUAUUUCGUCAUAUUAUAGAGCAUGAAAAUCAGAAAGUGGGACUCGAUCUUAGUCACAGACAAGAUCGAGAUUUCAUAAAAAAUCUUAUUGAAACAGCAAGUGCUGUAUUAGAUCCUACAUAUUUAGAUAACUGGAAUCAAAUAGCAGCAUCCACAGGAUACGGCGUUGAAAUGAUUAUGGAAUAUUUUGAAAAAUACUUACGUACCCUUAUGCUGCAUUUCUCUGAUACGUUCACCAGACCGUUUGAAUUAACGUCAAAAAAUAUAGCUUUUGGAGUUGAUACUAUUUCAUCCCUUGAUCUAUGGUCCACAUCCAGUUCAAAAGUGGGAAAUGAAACUAAGUCAUUGGAGAUCUCUUCAUUUGUGGAGUUUAUUACAAUAAACAACAUUAAAGUACCAUCUGUAGUUAUUCCGAAAUUUAAUAAUUAUCCAGUUAGAAAGGACAUCACAAGUAAUAUUGCAGAAGCAAGAAUUCCUUUCAGUGUGAUAGGAAUUGACUUUGAUUUGAAAAACACGUUAACUGAGCCUCAGACUUCUCUGAAUGAUGUUGCAGUUGUGAGUUACAUUAUUUAUUCGACUAUUGGACAACUUCUACCGCCGUUGUUUGAUCAAUUAAUCAGAUAUGGACUUCCUCUUGGUGUGAAUUCACCAGUUUUAACUAUUGCAGUAAAACCUAUAAAUUCCUCCGACCCCGAAGAAUUAUUUGAACAUGCUGUGCAUCUCAAGUUUAAUGUGUUAAACAAUAUGGCUCUAAAUCCUCAAUGUGCAUUUUGGAAUUUUAAACAACACCGUGGUCAUUGGUCAAGUGAAGAAUGUAAUGUUGCAGAUUUUGUACCUGAAAGUUCAUACAUUAUAUGCAGCUGCAAACACCUGAGUAGUUUUGGUGUGAUAAUGGAAAGAAAUCACCAAGAAUUUGUGCCAUCUGAAACAAUUAUUCAGAAUAUCGUUUCAUACAUAUCUAUAUUGCUUUCCUUAAUUCUGCUGGCCUCUACUUUUAUCAUCUUAUGUUUGCUGCGGGGUUCUCAGACAAAUAGUAAUGCUAUCCAUAUUUGCUUAGUGAUUUCUGUAUUUACAACUGAACUUAUUUUCCUGAUUGCUUUGAAGGCCAGGCAUUCUCUUGUUUUGCAACAGUUUCCUUGCAAAAUGAUAGCCAUUCUUCUACAUUUCCUCUUUCUGUCAAUUUUCUCCUGGCUUCUAGUAGAAGCUAUUCACAUUUUUCGCAUGAUGACAAAUAUAUGUGAUAUAAACCAUGGCCCUAUGCAUUGCUAUUUUUCUAUUGGAUUUGGUGGCCCAGCUCUAAUUGUAGGAUUAUCUGUUGGAGUUAGUGUUGACCAGUAUGGAAAUCAUUUUUUUUGCUGGUUGUCAGUGCAUGAAAAUGUAGUCUGGAGUUUAGUUGGACCUGUCUGUGUCAUCGUAAUCGUAACCUUAGGAGUAUUUAUAUCAGCACUGAAAUCAAGUUUGGAAGCUAAGGAUGCAGUUACAGACUUUGGCAACUUGAAAACUCUUCUUUGGAUAGCAGUACUGUUGUUGCCCAUACAAGGAUCAACAUGGGUUCUAGCAAUAUUAUCUGUAAAUGAAACACAUGCUAUUCUACAAUAUGCAUUUUCUUUUUUUUGCCUUUUGGAAGGAAUAUACAUUUUUGUUGGAUACUGUGUUGUUAAUAAAAAGGUUCAUCAGCAAGUAUUUUGUAUGCUAUCACAGUUUUGUAAACGUGGCAAAUAUCCUAGUGUGAAUGAUGUUAAAUUAAAUACAAAUUCAUCAGCUUAUCAUCCUCCAUCUGAGACGUACCGAAGAAAUAUUGGAAUUUCAACUUCGUCUGCCACAAGUAGGUCAACAGCAAAAACAUCAACUAGUCAGUGUAUACCAGAUGUUGAAACAAAAACCUCUGAAUUUCCAUGCUCCUCUUCAAAUCUUGACGAAUCAACAGCAGAUGUAAACAUUUUCUAUAAACAAGGGAAAUAUUAUGGCCCUCUAUUGGAAAAUGACGAUUUCCAGCAAUGUGCUGCGUCUUCUCCUGGUCCAAAAAUGGGUAUUAAUGUCUUUUCGUACCCUCGACUGCCAGGAUCAAGAUCAUCUUUGAGCAAGACAUCUUUAUCUUUAAAGAUGGGUCUAAAUUCCCAAGAUCAAAGUCUAAGCUGGGGAAGCAUUGACAGCCAAAAAUCAUCUCCAUUAUCAGCACCUGUAUGUUCUAAUCGCCUUGAAUAUCCACCUCCAAAAAUGGGAAUUAGCAGAGUAGACAAGUCACUGCUUCUAACAGAUAGUAAAAGUCUUGGAUUCAAUUCUCAUUUAGCUAUACCCAGCAUGAAAUCGGAUUUAAAAACAGGAAUAUGUUCUUACUGUAGGUCUCAAAAUUCUUCUAAAGAUGUCCAUACUGAUAGUAAUAUUUCAUCUCAGCAAGAUUUGAGCCUUACAUCUCCACACAAAAGCAGCCAUAGUGAAAACACGAGGUGUAAAAGUGCCUCAAAAGAGCGCCUUUCAGGUUCAAAAGGGAGUGACGAAUUUGUGUACAGUACUCAAGAAAAGUGUAAAAAAUUAAAGAUGCAACAUUGUGAUGAUGUUGACAAAGACAUAAAACUGAGAAAUGAAACAAAUUGUAUUCCAAACAAUAUUUCAUCUAGUUAUAUGUGUAAAGAAAAUAGCUCAAAUCCCACACGAGAAAAUGCAAGUGUACCUAAUUCUUCUAAAAACACAAUAACUCAUAGUAAGGAGAAUAUCAAUUCUCAGUCUGUGCCAAAUACUGUGUCAUUUUUCGAUCCAUCUUCACCUAAGCUGAUUGAUGAUACUCCAAGUGAAGGGGAACUGCCUAUGACAAACUUCAAUUCGGAAGACAAAAGCACCCUCUCUGAUGACAAUAAGUUUUCCGAUGAUCUAUCUCAUGUAUAUAUUAAUGUUACUGGUAUACCGCCGUUAGCAACUGCUGAACUUAGUGAUUCUGAUGAAGAGAGUGAAUGAAGCUUUGGAAACUGAAGUAUAAUUAUGUGGAAAUUAUCAGGAAGAAUGUACGGACAAAAUGAUUUGCCUGUACUGUAUGAUGAUCAUUGUCGGUUUCUAAUAGAAUAUUCAAUAAUCCAAACAAAGGAUUUGUUGCUUAUUUUAUAUUAUAAGUUGUAAGAAAGAAAGACUGGUAAAUUAAUGAAAAUUAUAGUGUUUAUAUAUCAUACUGUGAAAUUCUUUAUUCUGAACUAAUGUUAAUGUAACAGUAGGUAACCACAUUAAAAUAAUGUAGCACUAAUACGGGAAUAAGUGCGAUUUAAGAAUUAGUACAAAUAUUAUGGAAUAUUUGAGAAAUUAAGGAUUUCUAUAUCUAAAACUUGCACUAAAUUUUAUAUGAAUAAAAAUUGAGUUAUUUUGGGGGGGGGAUUUUUUUACGGGUAUUUGAAGCUCAGUA